GCGCGCUGCUCCGUGACCCAUCUCACUGAACAAAGGAUUCCUGUUCGCAGUCUCCAGACCUAAAAUGGCGUCAGUUCUCUCUCCCAACACCAUAGAGAUAAAGGAGAGGCCGAGUUAGAAAAAAGGCGGACGGGAAAGGCGAGUGGAUAGAGCGGCUGUCUUUAGCAUAAGGCCUCUCUGCCUAUCGCGGCACUCUGACUCGCUGGUCGUAGUUCUGAGGCUGGACGGAGCAAAAAGCUCGGCACUUGUCUGAUUAUGGCGACGGAGGAAGAGACUGAGAACUCUAAGAAGAUGUAUGGUGACAGUAUUACAGGCAUAUUCAUGUAGCAGUGCUAAAUACAGACAACAUACAUACCUAUCACGAUAUUCCAUACAGGGAAAAGUAAUACAACAUAGUGCUGUCCAGCUCAGAAAUGUGAUCUACCUGAUGCCAUCAGAGACCACUUGUAAAUCCAACAGAAUAAGAGGAAGCAUACUUUGUCCAAAGUCAAGCAUUGUUCAUUCUUUCUUUAUUUCCAUUUUGCACGAUAGUAAUGGUUUUCACAGUCCCUUGCAUUCUGGAGAUAGUAUUAAUUGAUUAUUCAAAUGACUGAGUCCUUUCUGCAGGAAAUGCUGGAGAUCCAAAAAAUUCCUUGUGCUCGACAGUCAUUUCUUUAUGGAAUAUUGGGUGGUCUGGGUAUAGGGCUUGGACACUUUUUGGCAACUAGCAAAGUGAGACGAGCCUAUAACUUGGGAGUAGGAGGUUUUUUCGUGACAACGUUAGGAUACUGGUUCUAUUGUAGAUAUAAUAAUGCAAAACAAAGGUUUCAGCAACGUAUGAUUCAAGAAGCAAUAAAAAACAAGAUACUGUUUGAAGGUACUGAGUUUGAUCCCACAACGAAGACAGAAACAAACCAUGAAAAAAGCCGUUAGUUUUGGCAAUGUUAUUAAAAUAUUUUGUACUGAUUAUGUAUAACUACAGUAUGAACAUUACUGUAAUCUGAUAAAGUAUUUCUUUUACUGU